CUUAAAAAAUCAUACAAACUUCCCAAAAAUGGCAGCAGCAACUCUCCUUCCCUCGACACCAUUUCACUACACAAACCCACCAUUACCACACCCCCGCCCAAACUCCCUCUUCUUCUCCUCCUUCUCAAACCCCUCCGCCCGCCACCAAUUCCCUCCUCCUACUUCCGCCGAUCACGUCUCCCCCUUUCCGUUUCAUCCCGGCCGUCCAUCCGUCUCUCUUUAUUCUCGUCCCGGCCGUUGCCUUGCCGCCCAAUCAGGACCGCCUCUUCCUCCCCCGGAUUCUGACUCGACCAGCCUCGCAGGUCUUGCAGCAUCUUUCUCCAAAUUUCAGGACAAAGUACAGAUCUUCUUUGCUGUUCUUUUUUGGAUGUCUCUUUUCUUCUGGGCUUCUGUGUGGGAUGAAAGGAGUCGACCAGACAAGGGCUCACGAUUUAGAAAAUGACCCAGUAAGCAUUUGUUUGUAUAUAAUGAUAGACUGAAUGGGUAGUGGUAGCAUAUACAUUGAAAGAGGAUCAAUUUCUUGGGAUAAAAUAGUACAUGUGGGAGGUAAUUACAUACACAAAAUUUAGUUUCAGAUGCUGUAACUAUCAAAGGAUGAAUAAGCAGCUGUUUUUAACUAACCUCCCUGUGAGUUUUAACUAAGA